CUGGGAUUUUGGUCCCCCCCCCGUGCCAGGAGUUGCCCUGUUCCCCCGGGCAGAGUCCCCCGGAUCCCAGCCGUGGCCUCGGGGCAGCAGGAGGAAGGGCCGGGUUGAGACACAAACCAGGUCUAGGAGCUGGCUGGGGAACUCGUUCGAAUUCUCACACGCUCGUCAACCCAUGGAUGGUGGCGAUAGGCUUGUUUCUGGGCGUGGGUCCCGGAGCGAAACCCAGAGAUCCAGGAUGUGAUGUCAGACGCAGAAGGGGCUAAAGAAGAACUGAGGCACAACAAGAAGUGAUGUCAGUGGCGGAACAGGAAGUGAUGUCAGAAGUGGCACAGACCUUUAUGGCAGGCCUGGAGGCAGAACAGGAAGUGAUGUCAGAGGCAGAAGCAGCCUAACGGGAGCGCCUGGAGCGAGAAGCUGGGAAGCUCUUCUAUCGCCUGGACCAGAUCAUCACCCGCAACCGGCAGGAUCCAGGACGCCUGAUGAAAGAGGCAGCGCUUGAAAAGCAGAACUUCACCCGGCGCCUGAGAGCAGCGUCGGCAGCCGUCCGGCAGCAAGUGUGCAGUGCGUCCUGUGGUGAGUCCGUCUGUCCGUCCGUCUGCCCCCCUGGGGGUGGGGGCCGCAGCUCCUGCAUCUCGCGCUCUAGGCCAGCCCCCAACACUGCUCCCUGGGGAGGGGCCCCCAGGAAUGUGGGGGGCUGGGACGGCUCCCCUGGAGGUGUCUCUCUAAUGGGAUCCCCCCCCCAAACAGGACGGCCUGAGCCCUUUGAUUUGUCUGAGUGCGACAGCUGUGAACGCCUCCAAGCUCGGUGCAGGGACCAGAGGGUCUGUGCAGGAGCUGCCGUGAUCCUGGCCAUGGGGCUGAGCCUGCUGGGGCUGGUGCUGGGAGCUGCAGUGGGGGCCUUCCUUUGUUACAGGAGGCGAGCGAGGCCGGCGGGCGGCACAGGGGCCGAGGAGGGGCCGGCGGCAGCCAGGACAGAGCCCCCGGCAGAGCAGCGGGACGGGGCCCCCGUGGACCUGGAGAAUGGGGCCCCCGCAGAGCAGGGGGACGGGGCCCCCGCGGACCUGGAGAAUGGGGCCCCCGCAGAGCAGCGGGACGGGGCCCCCGCGGACCUGGAGAAUGGGGCCUCCGCAGAGCAGCGGGACAGGGCCCCCGCGGACCUGGAGAAUGGGGCCCCCGCAGAGCAGCGGGACGGGGCCCCCGCGGACCUGGAGAAUGGGGCCCCCGCAGAGCAGCGGGACAGGGCCCCCGCGGACCUGGAGAAUGGGGCCCCCGCAGAGCAGGGGGACGGGGCCCCCACGGACCUGGAGAAUGGGGCCCCCGCAGAGCAGCGGGACGGGGCCCCCGCGGACCUGGGGAAUGGGGCCCCCGCAGAGCAGCGGGACGGGGCCCCCGCGGACCUGGGGAAUGGGGCCCCCGCAGAGCAGCAGGACGGGGCCCCCGCGGACCUGGGGAAUGGGGCCCCCGCAGAGCAGGGGGAUAGGGCCCCCGCGGACCUGGGGAAUGGGGCCCCCGCAGAGCAGGGAACCGGGGCCACGACUCAUUAAAUGUUGGCGUCUUUUCCCAU